AUGAGGGGUAGUACUAUCAAUGAUAUAGCGGAGAGCUCGUUGGAUUAUAAAAGUGAUUAUUCGCGUGACGAGAAAAAUGAAUUAUCUUCUUCUGUAAAAAGUUUUUCUUCUAUAGAUGAAAUAAAUAAUAAGAAAAGAAAAGAUUCUACAUAUAAUACAUUCGAAGAGAAUUUUUUUAAAUCCCAUUGUGGAGUGGAUGAAAACACUUAUCAAGAAAGUUAUAUAAGUGACAACAACAAAAGGAAGAAUGUACCUUCAUAUUUAUUAAAAACGAAAACGAUGCAAAAAAGAGAUUCUUGUGAAGAUUAUAAAUUAAGAAGUGAUAGAGUUCAUAGUUCUAAAUUUGAUAAGAUGAAUAGCCUUAAAAGUGAUAGACUAAAUAGUCUUAGAAGUGAUAAAAUAAAUAGCCUUAAAAGUGAUAGACUAAAUAGUCUUAGAAGUGAUAAAAUUAAUAGCCUUAAAAGUGAUAGACUAAAUAGUCUUAGAAGUGAUAAAAUUAAUAGCCUUAAAAGUGAUAGACUAAAUAGUCUUAGAAGUGAUAAAAUAAAUAGCCUUAAAAGUGAUAGACUAAAUAGUCUUAGAAGUGACAGAAUAAAUAGCCUAAAAAGCGAUAGACUAAAUAGUGUUAGAAGUGAUCGUAUUCGUAGCUUAAAACAUUACAAAUUAAAAAAAGAAAAACGAAUCAGAGACGAACAGAUGAAAUAUAUUUAUAAGAGUUAUAGAUCUUUCCCUUUGAAGGAAACAGAAAAAACAGGUAUAUGGAUUAUCGAUACAAUAAAUGAGGCAUUAGAUAAUUUAUAUGAUAUGAAUGAAAAAGAUCUUUAUUAUAAUAAUAUGGAUAUAAUAGAAAACGAACUAGAAGAUAAGAACAAUAAAGAUAUGGAUGAUGUAAAAAAUGAUAGUUAUGAUGAUAAAGAAAAUAUUUAUAUAUCAUGUAAAGAUAUAAAUGAACAUAUACAAAUAAAGUGGCCAGAUUUCUUAAAAUUAAACAAUCUAAUAUAUUACAAUCAUAUAUUAAAUAUUUAUGAAGGAAUAAGAAAUAUUUUUAAUAAAUACGAAAAGGAAAGAAAAAAUAAAAUAAAUGAAAAUUAUGAUGAUGAGGAGGAGGAAGAUAAUGAUGAGACGAAAUAUAAUGAAGAAGAUAUAUAUGAAGACGAAAAGGAUAUGGAUGAUAAUCAUAUUAGAAGAGAUGAAAAAUAUAAACACAAAAUUAGAAAUAAGGAUAAAAAUAUUAUGAAUCAUAAUAUAUUAAAAAAUAAGUCUAAUAGAUUAUCUUUACCAAAAUUUCCAUAUAAAGAUUUAAAAGAUCGUUGUAUAUCCAAGUGUUAUAAAAACCUACCAGAAAUAUAUGUUAUGAAUGAUGAGAAUAAUAUGUCUGAAAAUAUAAAUAAAAAUAAUAAUGAGGAAUAUAAUGAAGAGUAUAUUAUUCAAAUGAUAUCACUUCCUGAAUUAAUUCAUGGAUUAAAAGAAAGAUAUAUAGAAUUAUGUGAUAUUAUAGGAGAUCAUUUAGAAUAUAUGGAAGAAAAUGGAAAGUAUAGUUUUAAAGAAUAUUGUAUUGAAGUAUCUAGAAUUUUUACUAGCCAUAUUAUUAAUUUAGUAACCUUAUCAAAUGUACCUCAUUUUGUAUAUAACUUAUUAGAUAAUUUCCAAGCAUGCAUAAAAAAUUUUACUCUACACAAAAUUAAUUUAAUAGAUCCUAACAAAAAACAGGAUGAUUGUAAUAAAGAAGGUAUGAAUCAAAUUAUAAUAGAACCAUAUAAAUGUCAUAUUAAUGAUGAUGAUAAAAAUUAUGAUAAGUAUGAUCAUAAUGGAUUACAGUUUGAAAAUAAUAUCAUAUAUAAUGAUUCAUAUGAUACUCAAAUGUAUAAUAAUAAAACGGAAGCAAAUUAUUCAAUUCAGGUGGAUUUAAAUAGUAAUAAUUCAACAUCAAACUUAAAUACAACCAUAGCUAUAAAUAAUAAUGAUGAUAAUUACAAUAAUAAUAAUGUUAAUUAUAAUAAUUACAAUUAUUAUAAUUAUAAUGAAAAUAUUUAUAAUAACAACAAAAAUAAAACCUUUUCUUUAUAUCCAAAUAAUAUGUUCAAUAAUAAUUCAAACAACUAUGAUUAUUUAAAAAAUAACAUGCAGAAUAAAGAAAAUAUGAUGACACAUAAUAUUCAUAGCUUACCUAAAUAUACAAGGACAUAUACAAAUAAUAGAAAUAAAAUAAUGAAUAACAUAAGAUCAUGUGAACAUAUUUCAUCUAUAUAUAAUGAUAUCAAAAAUAAUCCAAAUAAUAAUAAUAUGAAUAUAUUAUCUAGAAGAUCUAAAACUAGUACUAUGAAUUUGCCACAACAUACAAAUGAAGAUAAAUUAAAUAAUAAAGAAGAAGAUUAUAAUUUUGAGAAAUCAAGUACAAACAAUUCAGAUAUUAAUAUAAAAACAGAAAAUAAUAUAUAUAUGAAUAGUUCAUAUAAUAUAACUAAUCAGACUGAAAAUUAUUAUACUGCAAAUUCUUUACCUCUAAAUAAUUCAUUUCAUAAUAUGGAAACAAAUAUAAAUCAAACAGAAACAAAUAUAAAUCAAACAGAAACAAAUAUAAAUCAAAUGGAAGUAAAUAAUUUCUUAGAAUGUAAAAGUAAAUACACCUCAAGAUACCACAACUAA